ACAGAGCCAAAAGAGAUGGUGUCGCCUGACAGGAAACCUGCUUCUUCUUAUGAAAAAUCAGACCAAGGACUCUGAAACCAGUGAAAUAUUCAUCCUUAUAACAGUGUUGUAUAGAGGAGUACAAGAAGAAAGCACCUGUAAUUCUCAUGCAGAUCAUCAUUGAGAAGACCCGCAUCUGUACCCAGAGCCCCCAGCAACGCUAAUUUGGACAUCUUGGGAGCCUUCACUUAGUCUGUGAAACUAAAAAACUUAGAGAAAUAGAAAUAAAUUCCUGAGACCGUUGACCAUGGAAAUCAAGGAGGAAAAAACAGCAGAGGAAGGGCAACAUUUUCUUCCAACAGCCCAGGCAAAUGAUCUGGGAGAACUACAGUUCACAAGUAUUCAGAAGAGUGAAAAUGAGCCUAAGCUGGAAUUCAGCCUUGCAUGCAAGGACCUGGUGGCUCCUGCCCGGGAUUGCAAGUUGAACACGCUGGUCCAGAUCUCAGUGAUCCAUCCAGCGGAGCAGAGUGUGACAAGAUACUCCAGCACCGAGACUGUUGAGGGGACAAGGAACCCACUGUUUUUGACUGGUGUGACGUUUCCACCUGAAUACCCUAUCUAUGAGGAGACCAAUAUCAAACUAACGGUCUAUGAUGUUAAGGAUAAGUUCCAUGACACGGUCCGCACCAGUGCCCUGCCUGAGAACAAGGAGCCACGGUCAGAUGUUGGUCGGAGCUUCUUGGGCUGUGCUAGUUUUAAAGUAGGGGACCUACUGAAAUCGAAGGAGCAACUGCUAACCCUUAGCCUAAGAUCUUCCGAUGGUGGAAAAGCUGUUGGUACCAUAGACGUCAAUCUUUUGAAGAUGGGGGAGAUAGAGGAUGGGGAAACCGACCACAUCACAACAGAUGCGCAGGGACAAAAGUCCGCAUUGGCGUGUGAGUCCAUUGCCCCAGAAGGCGCAAAUGACAAGGACAACUUACCUUUCUUAAAUGCAGUAUUAAAAAAUCCAGUGUAUAAGUUAUAUAGAUUCCCCACAUCUGAUAACAAAUGGAUGAGGAUUCGAGAGCAGAUGUAUGAGACCACACUGUCUUUUCAUAUUCCUAAGGAGUUGAUCUCCCUUCACAUAAAGGAGGACUUGAGAAGAAACCAGGAACUGAAGGAUCUUGGUGAGCUCGCACCACACUGGGAUAAUCUACGUAAAAACGUUCUUGCUCACUGUGAACAAAUGGUGAAUACGUAUCAGGACAUUCUGGCAGAACUUGGGAAGCAAACAGGGUCUUCCUUCAGACCAAGCUGCAGCAAAGGGGAGAAGACAUUAGAAUUCGUUCCCAUAAACUUGCAUUUGCAAAGAAUGCAUGUUCACGGUCCCCAGUUGAAAGAUGCUUUAUAUGAUGUCAUCACAGUAGGUGCUCCAGCUGCACACUGUCAGGGAUUUAAGAAUGGUGGUCUUCGGAAGUUACUCAAUCGCUUUGAAAUGGAAAGGAGAAAUACUGGAUACCAGUUUAUUUACUAUUCACCUGAAAACACAGCAAAAGCAAAGGAAGUUCUCGGCAACAUCGAUCAACUCCAGCCCCUUAUAUCAACUCAUGCAGAUGGGCUGCUUAAUUCUGCCAGCCAGCAUUCUCCAGACAGCCUGAAGAAUUCUUUAAAGAUGCUUUCAGAAAAAGUCUCCCUGAAGACGUGUUUUAAAAACAUCGGCAAGAAAAACCGCCCCAUAACAGAGAGGCUCCCAAGGAAAAGAGAAGUUAUAAAUGUGAAACUAGCCUGGUGCAGUGGGAGUGAAGUCCAGACAGAGCUCUUUGUGCAUGCCUUCAAGGAUCAGCUGGUCAGAAGUGCCCUUUUAGCCCUCUAUACAGCCCGGCCAGGCUGUGUUCUCAAGAAAUCACCCUCUCCCAAGAACACUGUGGCGGAGGACAAGGAUAAACCUGAAGGGUCCCUGCCUCCGAUCCAAAGGCAGGAUUCUAUCCCGCAUCACUCGGACUAUGAUGAAGAAGAGUGGGAUAGGGUGUGGGCCAAUGUGGGAAAGAGCCUCAACUGCAUCAUUGCCAUGGUGGAUCGAUUACUUGAAAAAGAUGGGGGUAUCAGUGGCAGCGGCGGCGGUGGCAGCAGUGAGAGCGCUCCCAAUGACUGCAGCGACAGUACCGCCAAAGAAGGUGAACCAAAUCCUCCGCCAGCAGAUCCCACCACAACUCACCAAAGAGGGGACUGGUAUGAGCAACUGUACCCUCUGAUCCUCACCCUGAAGGACUGCAUGGGGGAUGUGGUGAACAGGGCAAAGCAAUCACUGACUUUUGUGCUGCUGCAGGAACUUGCGUGCAGUUUGCCACAGUGCCUGAUGCUGACACUCAGGAGGGACGUUGUCUUUAGCCAAGCGCUUGCAGGAUUGGUCUGUGGAUUUGUAAUGAAAUUACACUCAAGUUUGAAUGAUCCUGAUUUCCUCCAGCAGCUUCACAUGGUGGGCUUGGUUGUACAGUUUGAGGGACUACUGAGCACGUACAGUGAAGAAAUUGGAAUGCUGGAGGACAUGGCUGUUGGCAUUUCAGAUUUGGGGAAAGUAGCAUUUAAAAUAACAGAAGCCAAAUCCAAUGAUUUCUUGCCAGUUAUAACGGGAAGGCGCGAACAUUAUGUAAUAGAGGUCAAACUUCCAGCCAGGAUGUUUGAGUUGCUGCCACCAGAGAUUAAAGAAGGGAAGCUAUUACAUGUCUACCCAGUCCUCUUUAAUGUUGGAAUCAAUGAACAGCAAACCUUGGCAGAGAGAUUUGGAGAUGUCUCUCUGCAAGAAAGCAUUAAUCAGGAAAACUUUGGACUCCUCAAGGAAUAUUGCCAGUUGUUUACUGAAAAAAUGCCUCCUGAGUGUCUGUCCCAUUUUCAAGAACAAAAUGAUCUAAAAGGAUUACUAGAAAAUCUCUACCAAAAUGUCCAGGCCAAAAAGAGAAAAAAUGUAGAAAUCGUGUGGCUGGCUGCAACGAUUUGCCGCAAACUCCAUGGGAUUCGAAUUACCUGUUGUAAGAGUGCCAAAGACAGGACGUCUAUGUCAGUUACCCUCGAGCAGUGUGCCAUUUUGAGAGAUGAACAUCAGUUGCACAAGGACUUUUUCAUCCGCGCGCUGGAUUGUAUGAGAAGAGAAGGAUGCCGCAUAGAGAAUGUUCUGAAGAAUAUCAAAUGCAGAAAAUAUGCAUUCAACAUGCUCCAACUGAUGGCUUUCCCCAAGUACUACAGACCACCUGAGGGAACAUACGGAAAAGCUGACUCCUAAGCUUCCCCCAAUGUAAACAGGAACACAAAAUGUCUCAACUGCAUAAUAUACACUUUUCGGGGUCAUGAAUGGGGGACAUGUGCACAAAUCUAGAAAUUACUUGAAUUAGUUAUCAAUACAAUAAGUUUUAAGGUGAACUAAGAACUGUUGACAAUUAUUCUGGGGAUGAAGUGGGGGAUGGAUUAUCCAGUGUUCUAUCGCAAGUCCCUAAGUGCAAGAAUGCCUUACAUUUCAAGGCAUUCGUUUUGACUCACUGUUUAGCAUUCAUUCAGAAGGUCUCUACUUUGAAAACAUGGUACUUGAAUGAGAAAUGUGCAGAAAAAAAUGGCUAAUUUGUCAACAAGAGGUACUCAUUAUGUUACCAAAAAAAAAAAAAAA